CACAUUAGCCAACCAACAGCUAGCUAGCAUCGAGCAUCAAGUGAGAUGGAGAUCCCUGUGAUUGAUCUCAAGGGUCUCGCCGGCGACGAGUCCGCUAGGUCGCGGACCAUGGCGCAGCUCCACGAGGCCUGCAAGGAUUGGGGCUUCUUCUGGUUGGAGAACCACGGCGUGGACGCGGCCAUCAUGGAGGACGUGAAGCGCUUCGUGCACGGCCACUACGAGGAGCACCUCGAGGCCAAGUUCCACGCCUCCGACCUCGCCAGGAACCUGGACGCCGCCGACGCCGGGCAGGUCGACUGGGAGGCCGCCUACAGCAUCCAACACCGCCCCACGACCAACAUCGCCGACUUCCCGGAGAUCUCGCCGCCGACUCGCGAGCUGCUGGACACGUACAUCGCUCAGACGGUGGCGCUGGCGGAGCUGCUCGCCGAGUGCAUGAGCCUCAACCUGGGCCUCGACGCCGGCCACAUCAGGCGCGCGCUCGCGCCGCCCACCGUGGGGACCAAGUUCGCCAUGUACCCGGCGUGCCCGCGGCCGGAGGUGGUGUGGGGCCUCCGCGCGCACACCGACGCCGGCGGCAUCGUCAUCAUGCUGCAGGAUGAGGCGGUGGGCGGGCUCGAGUUCCUCCGCGGGGAGUACUGGGUCCCCGUGGCGCCCUGCGGGGGCAGCAGGGUCUUCGUCGACAUCGGGGACCAGAUCGAGGUGGUCAGCGGCGGGGCCUACCGCAGCGCGGUGCACCGCGUCGCCGUGGGCACCGAGGGCCGGCGGCUGUCGAUGGCCACGUUCUACAACCCCGGCGUGGACGCCGUGGUGGCGCCGGCGAGGGAGGCGCCGCCGGAGUACCCCGGGCCCUACAGGUUCGGGGACUACCUCGAGCACUACCACCGCACCAAGUUCGGCGACAAGGCCGCCAGGUUCCAGGCCUUCAAGAAGAGGUUCCACAAAUAAAUAAAGGCAACCAUGAUUGUGAUAUACUACUACUCCUUUCAGAACAUGGAUGGAGCCACAUCGAUCAUUCAAGCUAAGCAAAAGAAGAUGUUAUUUUA